AGUAUGUUUGUGUUCAUGAAUAUUAUCUUAUCACAGAUAAUCCCUUUCCUUUCGUGUUGUUUUCAUUUCAUCAAGCCAAGCCAUGGCCAUCGCAUCGUUCGUACAUUGCGCUCGGGAGUUGGCUGGCUCAGGUGCACUUCCAGCACCGCUGCUGAUGCAUGAUGUCCAUGCAUCUUUGUGAGAUUAGUCUACCAAUGAAAUAACUUCGUUUGGUUAUUUAUAAUUGAGAUCAAUGUAAUGGAAUUCAAUUACUCUAAAUGAGUACAUAUAAUAAUAUUGUCUCAAAUAGAAACAAUAACUUCCACCUUGAUUCGUCCAAUUCUCGAAUUUGGAAGUUUUAUUAUGGACUAUAUUCUUCGCGCAUUGGCAUCGACUGUGCUACGCGUUAAUCCGUAAUCUCAGCGACCUUUAGCUUAGCUGAUCACCGAACAAAGCCGUGGAUUCACCGACGAGAGCCUGAAUUUGAAGGUACAAAUUCGCUGUUUGUGCUCAUUUUCACACGAGGAGCUGUCGACUGCCUGUGAACUUGAAUUCUCCGUUUUACAGGAGCUCAUCUGGAGUUGUCCACUGAGAAGUAUUCUGUUGCAAAACGAGCUACACAUUUGUAUGUUUCCGAUAAUCUUGCCAGACAGCUAAGCCUAAUGCAAUGGAUCUGCAGCAAACCGUGCAAGAUCUCGCGGAGGCAUGGGUGGCUGCAAAUACCGACACAAGUUUCAGCCGAACUCAGUUACAACAAGCGUACGGGAGCGGUGGUGCACAGGACGAAGGUGCAGAGGAAGGCACAGAACCAUCAACCUCCGGUGAAGGUGAAUUCAGCAGUGGCAAUCCCAUGAGUGCCCCUUCCUCCCCUCCUCCCCACGGGCUGGCAAGCGGAGACAGCCUGGCUUCCUCGCACAGCAGGAAACGCAAGCAAUCCAGUCCUCAGCCCAGACGGGAAGGCUCGGAGCCCGCUGCUGCUACUGGUCUGCCCGAUCCUUCAACCAACAAAGGAAACCCCCCACCGUCAAAACGUGUCAAAGAUUCAGGAGGUAAGAUGCUUCCGGUCCACUGCAUCGUAGAGCUCCUCGACACCCCACCUGGUAAAGAAGGCGGGGACGCAAAGAAGGGCGAGGAGGAGGUGGAGGAGAAGAGGAAGGAGGGAUAUGCCAUUGUGCCAUCAACAUUACAACUCAGAGAUCUCGUCAGGGUAGCCUUAUCAAAGCUCGAUUAUCCACCGGAAAGGGCCAAAAAUGCAACAGGUGUUAUUCAGGUACGGAAUUGGAAGGCCUUACCGUUCUCGUCAAUUACAGACAAUCAGCAAUCCUCAGUCGGACAACUCUUUGGAGAUCUUCUCUCACACAUCACACUCAAGAUAUCUGUAUUAACAAGUGACGCCACAAGUGCCAACUGCCAGAACCAAACGCCAGAGGACCAAAGCCGGAGCAGCAGGGUCGGAGGCAACGCCAGCAGCAGUAUCCUCAGCCUGGGCAACCUUGGCAGUAGCUUCUUCUUGCGGCGAGGUCUAGAUCUUCCAUUCGGGAUGAUGGCAAGGAGGAUGAAGGGCGGUGAGGGCAAGGGCUUCGGCAGGACUGCUCACCCGGUCCAGGAGCUACGGAUCAAGCUUCUGCAGGUCUUGGAGAAGAGAGGUCCUACACUUCUUGUCAGUCAUGGAUGCCCAUUCUCUCAGGUGACUGUAUCGCAGAUCUUACAGGGCAAGUACAACAAACCUGUCAGCAUUGAAAAGAUCCAAGCCUUCUACCAGUGGUACAACAUCUACAAUGGCCUUACAGACAACACCCUCUUACCCCCGGAAAAGGUUGACAGUUCAUCGUUACCACGCAUCAGCUCAAAGCACUGGAGGCGGCCUAGGACACUCUUCAACCCUCGCACAGAGCUCCCUCGCCUCCUGCGGUGGUAUCGACAGAACCCAAGACCGACCAGGGCGGAGAUGGAAGUCUACCUGGCCGAGUUGAAUGGCUCUGACUUCCGACGCAACGGAACCCCACUUCAGUACUCUUCUAUUAUGAUCUGGUUUAAGAAUGCCAGGGUGAAGUACAGGCAUCUACUGCGCUCCAGUGCCAUUGCCCAGAUGAGAGAGGACAUUGGGUAUACCAAGAGUUCAAGAGACUUGGUGAUUGAUGAGGGCGACAAGAACAGUGAUGACGGAGAAAGCGAUAUGGUGGUAGAAGAGAAGGAGAUGGAGGACCAAGUGGUGGAGGAAGAGGAGGAGGAGGAUAAGAAAAAGACAGAGACUUUGGAAUCGUCACCUUCAAAGAGCCCGGUUAGAUGUUCUGCGAAGAGCCCUUCGCGUAGUCCAGGAAAAAGUCCUGCAAGGAUUCUGCAUUUGAAAGAAGAACCCAUAACAGAAGGAGAGAACUCUGUUGGCAAUGAAAACCAUGCCGCAUCAAUGGCAACGUCUUUAGCUAAACCAACCAUUUUACCUUCACUUUUACACAUGCAAGCACGACCGCAUCUCCAGCCUGUCAGUAUCGUUAGUAAUGGUUUGAUUGUGCCAAGCAGGUUAAGUAAUGGAGCUCAUCAAGCAGAGACAGCGCUUCAUGUGCCAGACAUCCGGAAAAUUGCCUCUGGGUUUGGGAUAUCGUUAACCCCCGAGUUGGCAGCAGCCGCCCAUGCCAUGCCUAUCCCUGGUCUCGCCCACCCCCAUUUCUUGCAUGCGCUUGACACGGCGCACAAGGAUAAUCCUUCCAUUCGAUUAGACUAUCAUAAUAGUAGCCCCCUCUCCGUGCCAAAGCCCAACCCAGUACCCCUAACCACCCCUUCUGCCUCUCAGAGACGGACACCCACGCCCCAGUCAUUCAAACCGGAGCCAGAAUCCCCCAAAUCCGAAAAAUCACCUCAAACCAACACCUCUCAAUCCGCUACAAGUCCGGCGACCAGGGUACCCCGGAAACGCUUUACUAUUGAUCCUACCUUUGAAGUGCCAAAGCUGCAGUCGUGGUUUGCCAUCGACCCCAGGCCCGACCGGCUGACCAUCGAGAGAUACGUACAGGAACUGAACUCGAGCGAGUGGAGACGGCACCAGCCCAAGUAUAACAAUCGUGUGGUGUACGUCUGGUUUAAGAAUGCGCGUGCCAAAUACUCAAAGAUGCAGAUGACCUCUGGCGGAGGUGAUCCCGACAUGGAGCGAAGACACCAUGAACUGAUGAGAAUGCAUCAGGAAACUCAGAUGUCGUGAAAAAGACUGCGAUGAUACACUCUGAAUCUUCAACGGGGUGUUCAAUGCCUUUUUCUCUAUUAGAAUUAAUAUUUUCUGUUGAAAACAGAAAGUUGAUGGACUUGGUUAUCAUGUACUUCUGAAGUUGUGCUCUUAGCUGUGAGGAAGAAUGAAACAAAAAUAUUUCCUUUUUUGUUUUUGUUAAAAAUCAUCCGUGGUUCCGACUAGUCACUCUAUGUAAGCUGUUUAGUUAUUUUGUUGUAGAAAAGCAGUACAAUUUUACUAUUUUUCCUCAUUUUUAUGUCUUUACAAAACUGGCACCUUCUUUUUUACAAUUCAUAGUGAAUACAAGUGAAUGGCACUCUAAAGCAAACUAUUUUAUGUGUACCUCAAGCUUAAAUCUCUAAGUAUGCACAUUGCAUGCUUUCAUAUCUACUGUUUUACUUUCACUUUUAUCUUUCUGUUACAAAUCACAGAAUAUUGGUCAGAUUUACCAAGUGACUUUGUAGCUUCAUGUCGAACAUAUUUCCAAUAAAUUAUGUGAUACUUGUAUGUUUUAUUGAAUUAAACUGAAAUUAAUAGUUAUCUUUAAUUAAAAUGUCAAUCAAACUUAAGUAAUGAAAUUGAUACAAUCUUCUUUUUUUUGCCUGGCCUGUUUGGAGAAUAUUUCUCAUCAUAAGAUGGAAUAUUUAACUAUUAAUAAUUAUGGGAAUGUUUUUAAGAAAAGAAACAACUCAUCUAUGUUGAUAAUUUAAGUGAUUUUAAGUUAUACAAAAAGCUAUUAAUGUGUAUAAGAAAUAAAUUUAGCAUGUUUUCCUGAUUAUUUUAUUUAUUUUUUUGUGUGGGGGGUCAUUAAAAACAAGAAAUAAGAUUCAAAUCUGAUCAAAAAAAUACUUUUUUAAUUUGUAGCUAUGAAUAUUCACUAACAUAUUCACAGAAUACUGCAGUGCCUCAACGGGACAGCAUGGUUGGGAUUGUAAAAUGUG